AUGUCCACCGGAACUCCGACUUCUUCAGCUGCCGUUGCGGACACCCCUUCCAACUCUCCGUUGCAGCCGGUCAUCACCGCCGCUGCGAGAAUUAAAGAUGUCUCCUUACACGUCUUCUCCCAAAGAAAACCAAUGUCAGAAAUUCUCGAUAGAACGGCGUAUUCGAAACCGGCGAGUUUUUCCGACGCCACCAGUCGAAUGCAAAAGAACUUGAACUACUUCAAAAUUAACUACAUGAUUGCCACGAUGGGGAUCUUAUCUGCGUUUAUUUUGUAUCAUCCGUCGAGUUUGUUGAUUUUGAGCGCAAUCUCCGCCGCGUGGGCGUACGUGUUUAUGAUUCGUCAAGAACCUUUGAAGAUUGGCGAACGAGAAGUGUCUUCGAGAGAGAAAAUGUUAGGCAUGACUGGUUUAUCCGCGUUGAUUAUAUUUUUCUUGUCCUCCGCGGGGACGUAUAUAUUCUCCGGGAUGGGCGUGGCUUUGUUGGGGAUUGGUGCGCACUCUGCGGCGAGAGUGCCGGAUGACUUGUUCAUCGACGACGCGUCCGAGUCGAACGGGUUCUUUUCGUUUAUGAUGCCGCCGAGGCCUGGGCAACCUUCUGGCACGAUCUAA